AUGGAGUCGUCCAGCCCUGUUUCAGUAGGAGGAGACUUCGUGUCCCUGGGAGAUUAUGAUCCAAGUACUGCUUUGUGCGAUUCGCCAGUUCUGUCUGACGCGCAGAUUCGUCGCCUUUCCAGCUGCGCAAUGGCGAUAUGUCAGAAAAUCCCACGACUUCCUCCGAAACUCGUACAGAAUAAGAAAAGAGUCUCAAAAGAGGUGCUCGAUCUUCUUUCUGCUUCUGCCGACACACCAAAUCGUCUCGCUGAAUAUCGCAAGUAUUCCGCAAUUUACGGGCGAUUCGAUGCUAAAAGAAAACCGGACAAGGGUCUUUCAUUCCAUGAAGUAUCAGUAAACGAAGCUGCUGCUCAACUAUGUCUCAUCAUGCCUUCACUUCUUACGAGACGAGAUGAGCUUUUUCCUUUGGCACGGCAGGUUGUGAAAGAUGCUGGAUACCAUUAUGCAAAGGCGAGUCGUAAACGUGGAUUUGAUGUAGUCGAUUCGCAUUCUCCACAGAGUAGUCCUACACAGAGAACUGAUGCCACAGUUUUUCAAACAAUAAGUAAAGUGAGCAGUCCUCAGUGGCAGGAAAUUCUUGAUUUUAGCCCAUGUCCUGGUGACGAUAAUGAGGCAGAAGCCGAUGUAUUUUCAGCAGCAAAGCAGUCCGAGGAAAAGAGGAAGAAGUCCGAAAGUGUAGGUUUUUUUGUGUGAAA